AACCAGAACCCAUCCUCCCUUCGUCGUGCUUCGCAGCCUCUUGGAAAAUCUAACAGAUGGUUUAAGAGGCUCAAACGACUAACCCUGAUCCCAAGACCGGACCUCCGAACCGACUGUUCUACCCGAUUCGGCACGCUCUGACGUCCUUCAGUGGGCCCACAACUCCAAGCUCACCUGUCAUCCCGGCAUCACCCGCACCAUCCAUUUCAUCUAAAGACACUUAUGAUGGCCCAGGCUAGUCAAAGACACCCGGGAGUUCGUCGAAGCCUGCUCCGUCUGUGACCGAGGGAAGACUUCACACCAACCCCCAGCUGGUCUGCUGCGUCCCUUGGUCCCACAUCGCCUUGGAUUUUGUUACCGGCCUACCCCCCUCUGAAGGUGGAAUAUCUGAAUACAGUCGGUAGGAACAGCAGCACGUAUUUUCCACUAUGAAUCGUGCCUUCAACAGGAAAAAAGAGAAAUCAUGGAUGCACACACCCGAAGCCCUGGCCAAGCAUUACAUAGCCUACAACGUGAAGUUCCUUGGUAACACCGAGGUGGAGGCCCCAAAAGGAACAGAGGUUGUCAAGGAUGCAGUGAGAAAGCUUAAGUUUCAGAGACACAUCAAGAAGUCAGAGGGACAGAAAACCCCAAAAGUCGAGCUGCAGAUUUCUAUUUAUGGCGUGAAAAUUCUAGAUCCUAAGACAAAAGAUGUGCAGCACAACUGUCAGUUACACCGAAUAUCCUUCUGUGCGGAUGACAAAACAGAUAAAAGAAUAUUCACAUUCAUCUGCAAGGACUCCGAGUCCAACAAACACCUGUGUUAUGUGUUUGACAGUGAAAAGUGUGCUGAAGAGAUCACGCUAACGAUCGGCCAGGCCUUUGACUUGGCCUACAAGAAGUUCCUGGAGUCGGGAGGCAAAGAUGUGGAAACCAGGAAGCAGAUUGGAAGUCUGCAGAAAAGAAUUCAAGAACUGGAAACAGAAAACUCAGAGCUAAAGAAGCAGCUUCAAGAUCUCGAAGAGCAGUUGAUGAUCGCCCACGUGCCCCCACCGUUAUAUAUAAAUGAAGCUAACGAAGCGUACAUGCUGCAGAGGCCUUCUUCUCUUUUCUGGUGUCACGACAUCAACUCUUGCCUGGAGAUCUCCUCUGUCACCCUCACGCCUAUGAGCUCGCCAGAGUCCAACCUGUCUAUUGGCCUACUAACUCCCCCGCCUGCCAAAUCCACUUUCCUUCCUCCUAAACCUCCCGAGGGAUGCAGUGUCCCACGACCUCACGCAGGGAGCGUCGCCACAAAACCACAGUCAACAGACAUUUUUGACAUGGUUCCCUUCUCCCCUGGGACCGUGCUGGUACCCACACAAGCCAGCAAUGGCUGCCCGACACCGCCAACCAUACUGCCGCCAAACAUAGGGAAAGACCUGUUUGGUGCAGAGCCAUUUGAUCCAUUCACCUGUGGUUCAGCUGACUUCCCUCCAGAUAUUCAGUCUAAGCUCGAUGAAAUGCAGUUUUACGACUUUGACAACAUUUAUCUUUGUCCUCUCCACUUGCAGCGUCAAAGAUGGAGGGGUUCAAAAUGGGACUAACCCUAGAGGGCGCUGUUUUCUCUCUGGACCCGCUAGAUGGCCGCUGCUGAUUGCCCGCAGAGAUGUUUUUCAUCGUCCUCUUCUGUAAAAUCAUUUUUCCCGAUUUUUGUACGAGUGUCAAUAUCCACUACAUGGUCGAGUUGGGAUGUCACCAUCACCCCCCCCCCCCCCCACACACACACACACCCCAUCUUGAGGUUUCUAUAUAAAUUUGCAUUUAGAUGGUUUUGUUUUGUCUAAUAUUUGCAGGUCAGAACCAUUACAGAAAGACAUAUUUUUGUAAAAACUAGAAGGGAUGGUUUUGAGAACAUUUGCUUGCACAGUGCGUGAGAGCUGUAUAUAGGUAAUUAUGUCCAAUGGUACACUCACUUUGCAGUCAUUUAAGCCGUCCGUGUAUGCCAAAUUCAAGCGGGCUAUGAAAUGCAUAGAAUGUGUAUUGUUAACCUACUUAUAACAUCACAUAUUUGACUUAUUAUAAAAAUACACUUAUUGUUAAAAUCCUUUAUUUACAAUUUCACAUUAAUUUGAUUUGGGUUUAUUGUCUUUCUUGCACCGUAAGGCACUUUUUGGAUGGGGAGGGACCUACUGUAUGUAAUGUCGAUACCCAAUACAAUUUUCCAUUAUUUUUACUUUUGAUUUCUUUGUUUAAUACCGUCACACUUAUUAAAAUAAAAUGUUACUGUUGAAAAAAAAAACGACCUACUCUUUACGUUAAAUUGGA